GAUUCUAUGGUUCGAAUUGUAAUCUUCCAUGCCGCGGUAACUGCACACAUUGUAACUACUUAACUGGAAAAUGCCUUGGAGGUUGUCAUCCGGGGUUCGAAGGAACUUUUUGUGAAAAAUAUAAGCGAAUCAAUAUUGCAUUGCAUCGUCCGACUUAUCAGCUACAUACAUUGUCUGAUGGACAACCAAGUUUCAGAGUUGUCGAUGGUAAAAGAAGUAAUCUGGCUUAUAACGGGAAUCAGUGUACCUCAACACAGGACAACAAAGUAUUCGCCAUGUGGUGGGUGGAUUUACAAAAAAUUCGACGUAUUGAACGCAUUAUGGUCUAUUCUAGAACGGACAAUUUGAAAUGGGAUGUAAAUAACGGAUUCACAAACAGAUUUCUUGGAUUUUUUAUCGUCGUAUCGAACACCACUGAUCACAAAGAUGGCGUCGUUUGUUAUCAUAAUAAAAGUUACACCAAGUACACGAUACCCUCUAAGGUGGACAUCUCCUGCUCAGUGAUUGGUCGAUACGUCAUCUAUUUCAAUGAAAGACUUCCGGGGAUUAUUUACCCAACUGAUUACAGUAGAUUCGCCUUUACUGAUUUAUGUGAAGUAGAAGUCUAUGGUUGUCCUAUACUCGAGUAUGGUAAUGCCGACCCAAAGUGCACGAUUCCAUGUUUUGCUAUGUGCAAAAAAUAUCUUGAAAAUUUGAGUUACAUGAAACCAACCUGGCAGUCAUCGACGUUUUCCUCUCUUGGGACUAGUUACAAGGCCGUUGAUGGACAUUAUACGUCACGUAAUUACCAUGACGGGCAAUGUGCAAUAAGUGGUCUCAAUCAACGUAGUGUAAUAUGGAGGGUCAACUUGGGGAAAAUUUACAGAAUUGAUCACAUUAAUCUGUAUUUCCGCACAGAAAAUCUAAAAUGGGUUUACACUAACGGAUUUACGUCUUACCCUCUGGGAUUUUCACUGUACAUUUCCAACACUACCGAUCGACUUGAGGGUGUUCGUUGUUUCCACGACUCAAAGUACACAAAACACACCAUCCCUGAUCACAUGUCUAUCAAAUGCCCGUACUCUGGACAAUACGUCAUCUACUACAACGAACGUAUACCAGGAGUCACUUAUCCGGUUGGUUCUUCCCCUCAUGCUCAUGCGGACUUGUGUGAAGUACAGGUUUAUGGGUGUCCCAGUCCUGUAGCAGAAGUUUCUCAGUGCUCAAAACCAUGUCCUUCAAAAUGUGAAAAAUGUCAUCCUGGCACGGGGAUCUGUUUGAAAUGUAUUACUGGUUUCCAAGGUUAUGCUUGUGAAAUUGCCUGUCAAGCGGACGCGAAUAUUAAAGUAUCGCCCAACGUCACAUUCCUUGGGUCGAUUUACGAUGCACUGGUUUCUUCCAAAGGGCUUUCGUUUCCAGACGCGACAUCUGGUGUAGCAUCUGUCAGUAUAUCUUUAACGGAGAGAUUUACAAACCUUGCAAGUUUGUCCUUCAGUAUUGAUAAGGCAUCAAACGUCCAUGUUAACCUCUGGGACAGCAACAAUUCAACCAUCAGAUGGUAUUCCGAAGAACUAAAUGAGUUGGACCAAUGGAAUGUUACAGUUUCCAAUGACAUCAUUUCUAAAGUUCAUUACAUUCGAAUAUCAGUGGAAUUUAACCACACGUUCACCAUUUCGAAUAUGAGACUUCCAUUGCGAAAAUGCAUCAGUUACAUAACAGACUCAAUCUAGCAAUUGUUUUAUAUUUCAAAUGAAAAGACUGGAUAUUGGAACCUUUGGACAUGUUAAAUCUUCAUUUAUUUUUAAAUAGCACGGCAUUGUUCCCCAAUUUGUUUAUUUAAUUAUAUUAAGAAGUGACAAUAUAAAAUUUACAGUAAACAUUUUGUACAGUUAUAGACUAUUUGUUUUUUAUUCGUUUUAAUCUCGACUUCGAUUACCUCAGGUCAUAUUCAUACAUCGAAAGAGAAUCCAAAACGAAUGAUAACCUAUAGUGGAUUAGACGUCCAAUUACUUGGUACCAUCAAUACGUUGGACACGGUUUUUCUGUUAAUCUUUGAUCUUAUCCAAUAGUAUCAGCUGUUGUUUUUUUUUCUUUCAGUGCUUGCACGAUAAUAAAAAUAUGAAAAUAUUUUCCUUGCAAGGAAACAUCGUCUUGAUAAAUAUUUGAAGCGCAUGCAUACUUUUUGCAAUUGUUUACAGUAUUUGGUUGUGAUUGUGGUCAAAUAUGAAUGUGAAAACUUGUUAAAUCGGGCUUUGGAUUUAUGAACAAAAUUGUAACUUUUUAGUUUACAAUUUGUAAUGUAAUAUGUAAAA